CCUCCUCAAAACUCUCGCGAACUAUUUUUCUCUUUUCCAUUCAUACAACUCCGUUCCAGUCACUGGAGCUAGCGCGUGGAUUUCUCAGAAGAAUUUCAUACUGCUGCUCUCUUUUCCUUUUCCUUUUCCUCUUCUAUAAACAUCUCGACAGCGGCAAACUUAGCCGAGAAGCUUCAUCGGAGUGCGCUUUCCGCUUUCAGAGUACACACACAUAUAUAUAGAAUUUUUAGAAGUAAUUUCUUAUAUAUACCACAUAUAUAUAUCACUACCCAUCUCUUCCUUUUUCUUCUUUGUACGAUCUGAUUCCGAAUACGGCAACAUCUAUAUGGUCCAGAAACAGCUACAUGGGAAUCGUGAGCUGCCUUUUGAUUGUUUUUGGUUUGAUUACUUGCGAAGAAAGAAAAAAACCAAGUAUUGGGUUUGAUUGGCGGUAGAAAGUAGAAAAGCUCUAAGGAAUAGCGGAAUAGCGGAGUAGUUGGAAUAAUAAGGCUUUUUGUUGGGUCUUUAUGUAACUGCAGGUUGCAGUUUUUGUUGAAUAGUACAGAAGACCGUGCUCAAGAGAUCCCUCGCUCCAAGUUGUAACGGAUCACUACUCCCAUAUUAACCCCCCACUACUAUAUAUUAACCUCGGAUCUCAAAUUCUUUGAAAACCCUUUUUCCUUCUCGUCACUCUGCGAGCACAAGACUUAAUUUGCUUCCGAUCGAGAAAAAGAGGGUGGAAAAUAAGUGGUGGGAGAGAGUAGAUGUGGCGAUGGCGGGGUACAAUGAAGAAAACCAAGCUGGUUCUCGCUACUUCCACCACCUCCUGGGGCCGGAGCUGCACCUGCAGAGACAUCCUUCUAAUAUUAACCCACAACACCAACCCUCCGAUUCCAAGGACUCCUCUGACAGAGAUCACAAGCCCGAUUCCGAUGCCCAAGCCACUAGUAGCUCCGGUGCAGCCACCAACUCCAACCGCCGCCCACGUGGCCGUCCUCCCGGAUCCAAGAACAAACCCAAGCCGCCCAUAAUCGUCACGCGGGACAGCCCCAACGCCCUCCGAUCCCACGUGCUCGAGGUCUCCAACGCCGCCGACAUCGUCGAGAGCGUGUCCAGCUACGCCAGGAGGAGAGGGAGAGGGGUCUGCAUCCUCAGCGGAAGCGGUACGGUAGUCAAUGUCACGCUGCGACAACCUGGCGCUCCUGCUGGGACGGUGGUCACGCUGCACGGCCGCUUCGAGAUUCUCUCUCUUACGGGGACUGUUCUCCCGCCUCCGGCUCCGCCUGGUGCGGGGGGGUUGUCGAUAUUUUUGUCUGGAGGACAGGGACAGGUGGUGGGGGGAAGUGUGGUGGGCCCGUUGGUGGCAUCGGGUCCGGUUGUUUUGAUGGCUGCCUCGUUUGCAAAUGCUGUGUUUGAAAGGCUGCCGUUGGAUGAGGAGGAAGCGCCAGUGCAUGUCCAAUCCACGGCGUCACAGUCUUCCGGUGUGACUGGUGGCGGUGGAGGCGGCGGUGGUGGUGGACAACUUGGUGAGGGUGGAGGAGGUGGAGGUGGAAGUGGAAGUGGAAGCGGCGGUGGGGUUUCUCUUUUUGGUGUGGGAGGGAAUAUGGGGAACUUUCCAUUUUCGGGUGAUCUGUUUGGGUGGAGUGGGAGUGCUGCAAGGCCUCCAUUUUAAGCUGGAAAUUAAUGCUAGAUUUUGGUAUGGGCCGGGUUUGAUUGAAUUGAUUCUCACUGUCAAUGAAAUCCAUUUUUCUCAGCUUAAUCUAAAUAAUUGGUGGAGGAGAUUGAUGUAUGAUAAAAUGUCUUGUGACAUAUACUGAUCAACAAAUUAGUCGUCUCAUCUUUGCACUAAGAAGAGAGAACAAGAAAAGGGUUUCUUGAAUCCCAUCUUGUAAAUUUAUCAAGGCUUGGCGUCUUGUCGAAGAAAUUAACCCAGUUUGGAAGUAAACCAAGGAUUGCAGACUUCUCAAAAGGUCAGUGUUAUAACUACAACUUCAUGGCUAAAACCAUUCGGGUUCUUUAAUAUUCCUUGCCUUUUACCCUCUUUUCUUGUUUUUUUUUUUUUUGAAUUUCUCUACUUAUUUCAGCUAGUUUAUACAUAAUAGUUGUAUUGCGGAAACUGCUAUAAUUAAUGGACAUAUCGGGGCCUUAUUUUUGUGUUAA